AUGCCGAGCACGAAACAAGAUCAUUCAUCGUCGCCCCCUGGCCUCGGCUUCCUACCAGACAGCACGACACCGCUACUUCAGAGCAGGCAGCACACGGCCGAGAAUGUGGACUAUUCUACAACCGACAGCGAAUCUUACAGGGAGGCCAGCCAGGCCACUGACAGCAACAUACUGGCGGCUACGCAAUCAAGUGCUGUUGAAGAUGAGCCCAAUGAGAGCCGGGAUACAGCUUCGAGAGAGAAUGACGAAGAAGAGGGAAUUGCUAUCCUGGGAGGCUUGCAGCUGGGUCUUCUGACCUUUGGUCUCAGCCUUGCUACCUUCAUCGUGGCCCUGGACAACACUAUAAUAGCCACCGCUAUUCCUCGAAUCACCUCGGCUUUCAACUCUCUGGACGAUGUUGGGUGGUAUGGAAGCACCUACCUGUUGACCGUAACCGCGCUGCAGCCAUCCUUCGGUCGCAUAUACACCUUCUUCAACGUCAAACACGUGUAUCUGUUUGGCAUGGCCGUAUUCGAGAUAGGAUCGGUACUCUGUGGAGCAGCGAGGAACAGUAACAUGUUCAUCCUUGGCAGGGUCGUGGCGGGUGUUGGCGAGGCGGCUCUGUACAGUGGAUCCAUGACAAUUAUUGGUCUCACUGUACCUCUGAACAGGCGCCCAAUGUACCUGGCCCUGCUCUCAUCGAUGUAUGCAAUCUGCUCAGUCAUUGGACCUCUCAUAGGAGGAGUCUUGACGGAUAGAGCGUCGUGGCGGUGGUGUUUCUGGAUCAAUCUGCCACUUGGUGCUAUCGGUUUCGCGGCUGUUGUAUUCUUCUUUAAACCUCCUCGGCGAACUGAGGAUCUGCUCAGUACCAAACAGAAGAUCCGAGAAAUCGACAUCCUGGGCACAUUUACUCUAAGCUGUUCUGUUAUUUGCCUGCUUGUUGCGUUGCAAUGGGCCGGCACAAGCUACCCCUGGAACAAUCCCAAGGUCUGGGGAGUUCUCUUGGGUUCUUGCCUUCUCGCUGUCGGUUUCAUUGCUCAACAAAUUCGACGCGGGGAGCGUGCUACGAUCCCACCGAGGAUCUUGGGACAAAAGACCGUCUUCUGGUCUUGUCUGUACGCCUUCCUUCUUUCCAUGGGAACAUUCACCCACAUCUACUAUCUUCCCUUUUACUUUCAAGCGGUCAGGGGUACUUCAGCCGAAGGGUCAGGCAUCCGUACGAUCCCGUACCUGGCCUCGAACAUUAUCGCGUCAAUCAUCAUCGCCGGUGGUACCACGGUUGUUGGAGUCCUCAAACCAUUCAUGAUAUUCGGGGCAGCCGUCUUCACCAUAGGCUCUGGGCUGAUCUAUACGCUUCAGGCAGACUCUUCUGCCGGCAAGUGGAUUGGAUACCAGGUUAUGGGCGGGUUCGGAGCUGAGGCUGGGGUUCAGCUCCCCUUUCUUGCUGUACAAGCCGUUCUGAGCCAGCGCGACAUGCCUACUGGUGUCGCAAUCACCACCUUUUUCGACAGUCUCGGCGGAGCUCUCGCGAUAUCGGUUGCGCAGAACCUGUUCUACAAUGGCUUGAGAACCAAUAUUCCGAAAUACGCACCAGAAGUUCCAGCAGAGGUGGUGAUCUCGACAGGCCCAAGUUGUCUUGCAGAACUGAUAAGCCCAAAGUCUUUGCCAAGAGUUCGAAAGGCAUACAUGGAAGCGCUGCGCAACUCGUUUGUCCUUGCAGUUGUGGUGGGAGUGCUUGGGAUUGUCUGCGCCUGUUUCGUUGAAUGGAGGAGUAUACGCAACAAGAAAACAGCGUCCGAUGAAGAUUGA